ACAAGAGCGGAAGGCGGCAUAUUAAAAGGAGGAUCUGGAAGAGCAUUUUACGGAGUAUUAUGGGGCGUUAGAGAAAUAUGGGAUCUGCUUUGAAGACGUAUGGAAUAUGGACGAAACCGGCUUUCGUAUUAGCAUUUUAAAUAGAAAGAUUAUUAUUAUAUACCUUAAUACGAAAGCUGUCUACUUGGCAGAUCCCAAUAAUCGAGAAUCACUUACUGCGAUCGAAACUAUAUUCGCUAGGGGCAAAGCAAUUACACUAUUCCUUAUUUUGAAGGGGGAGAUCCUGGUAGAGGCACACUUCGAUAAUGAUCUGGAUACCGAAUUAGUCUUCGCCAUAAGCUCUACUGGGUAUAUAAAUAAUGCUCUAAGCCUGAAAUAUAUUAAGCACUUCCAUAAUCAGACAUAUUAACGUAUACAAGGCAAAUGGAGGAUGUUAAUUUUUGACGGGCAUGGCUCCCACACUUUAGACGAGUUCUUAUAUUAUUGCUGGUCCCACAAGAUCGUCCCCUUUCAACUACUACUACAUAGCACAUAUCUCCUU